UGGAUGGACAUUUGGCACAUCCAUAAACAGAGACAUAAAUGACCUGCUGGAUACAAACACCUGAGAAGAUGAGACCUGUCUUCUAUUUCUGCCUGCUGCUCUUCUCUGUUCAGAAAACAUCUGAACAGUUCAGUAAUACCACAACAGUCAGUGAUUCGACUGUAGCCUCACAAACUUCCUUGCAAACAACGACCUUCACGACUACAGAAGCUCCAACAACGACCUUCACAACUACAAAAGCUCCAACAACGACCUUCACGACUACAAGCACUCCAACAACAACCUUCACAACUACAGAAGCUCCAACAACGACCUUCACGACUACAGAAGCUCCAACAACGACCUUCACAACUACAAAAGCUCCAACAACGACCUUCACGACUACAAGCACUCCAACAACAACCUUCACAACUACAGAAGCUCCAACAACAACAACCAACAACAACAGUCUUUCCACUACAACCCAAACCACUGUCUCCACCACAGCUUCAGCCCAGUAUGUCCACUUUGAUCUUCUGCUGAUGUCUCUGAUGAUUCUUGUCAUAGUGGAACAUUAAUGCAAAAUUUUUGAUCCUCAGUCGCCCGGGAGCCAAAUAAUAUGAAUUAUUAUUAACUCUCAUUAACUAUGUGUUUUAAUUGAAUUGAAUUGAAUUUAAUUAAUUAUUUUGUAGUUUGCAGUCAGGGUUGCAGUUCUGUGGUGGUUUCAUGUCUAGAUAAUUCAAAUUUUGUGUGACGCAACACUGAUCUCAUCUUGUACUGAUCUGAACACAGCCUUACUAACUUCUGUUGAAUGAACGCCACAUUUAUGACAACAACAUGACAAACAGAAUAGAUUUUGGAGUAAAACUGUUGUGAUUUCCAUUUUUCAAAUGCUUGUAAAUUUGUCUUAUGUUGAAUAUGUUUAUUUGUAUGAAGGGACAUCGUUUUCGGAGUCUCAUUUGUUAUUCUGAAGUCAUUUUUAUGAUAGUUUUUUGUGCUUGAGCUCCUUAUUGAGCUUUUUACCUGCUGGAUGUGUGUACCUUUUGUUUACCUCCUGCUUUUCAGAGUAACCAGGAAUUUGUGCAGC